CGCCAUCUCUAUUCUCCGUCGUUCUCCUGCAAUCCAUGUCUGUUACCUGGUGCUGGUCUCAAUUGUUACCUUUAGCACAUUGAUCAAUAAUUGUCUGGACUACUUUACUCUCCGCAACACGCUAAUAAUCACUAUAGACGAAUAAACAACAAAAGCGAAACCCGCGGCGCCGUCCGAGCCACCAUCUCCCGACACGGCUUACCGCCCCAGAUAGGUAGCAAUACCUAGGCGGAUCCACUAAUACUGUCCAAUUUUUAUCCAUAUAAGAGCCUUUGCGGCGCCUUGCGUCACACCUCUUCCUCCCCAGUCAGAUCCUCUCGUGUCAUCCGUCUCUUCGAUAUUCCACCCCUGCCCACAAUCGCCAUGGACAUUGUCAGUCGCGAUCUUGAAAAGGCUGAGGAAGAUGCUCGCCGCGGCAGCACACAGCCGCACCACCAACCCGACGCCCGCGAAGCUCUCGUACGAACCGUCACGGGCAUGACCAGCUCGACCGACUCCAGCUCAGGGUCUGAAGAAGAAGGUCGUGAGACUCACGGCGGCAUGUCGCGUGUCCAGACUCAACGCGACGAUGGUCCUGAGCUCGAACGUAACCCAACAGCCCUCUCGCGUAUCCAAACUGGCCGCAGUCAACAUGGCGGCACUGUCGGCGCGAGUCUGAAGUCGCGGCAGUCGACGAAGCCAUUACCCGAUUUCGGUGGUGGAAAGCCGUAUCCACCACCACUGCCAGAUCGCGAGGAAUAUGUCGUUGAGUUUGACGGCGCCGACGAUCCACUGCACGCGAUGAAUUGGCCUCUGAAGAAAAAGCUGGGCAUUGCCGCAAUGUUGGGGUUCACAACCUUGUGUGCGGCAUUUGGUUCAAGUAUAUUUUCCGCUGCUACGAGGACUGUCGCGACCAUCUAUGGCGUGUCUGCUGAAGUUGGCACGCUGGGUGUAUCACUCUACGUGCUUGGUUUCGCUACCGGUCCCAUUCUAUGGGCACCUCUUUCAGAACUUAAAGGACGUAGACUUCCGCUGGUGGUUGCGUCGUUCGGUUUCUCGAUAUUCAACAUUGGUGUCGCCACAGGCAAAGACCUACAAACAAUCCUGAUUUGUAGAUUCUGGGCCGGCUUUUUUGGUGCUUGUCCGCUCACUUGUGUCGGUGCUGUCUUCUCCGACAUGUUCGACAACCGGACAAGAGGUAUCGCCAUCACAGUCUUCUCCAUGACCGUCUUCACCGGUCCUCUCUUGGCGCCCUUUAUUGGCGGCUUCAUCACUAUGUCCUACCUGGGCUGGCGCUGGACCGCAUACAUCACCGCCAUCAUGGGAUUUCUGGCCUUUGGGCUCAAUCUAAUCUUCCUCGAGGAGACCUACCCGCCCGUUAUCCUCGUUGCCAAAGCCGAAGAGCUGCGCCGCCGCACGAAGAAUUGGGGCAUUCACGCCAAACAGGAGGAAAUCGAAGUCGACUUCCGCGAGCUCGUCGAGAAGAACUUCAGCCGCCCAAUGAAGAUGCUGUUCACCGAGCCUAUUGUGCUAUUACUGUCCAUUUACAUGGCUUUCAUCUACGGCCUGCUAUACCUUUUUCUGACUGCGUACCCGCUCGUCUUCCAGGGCGUGCACGGCUUCAACCUCGGCGUCGGUGGCCUCCCCUUUUUUGGUAUGAUCACGGGACAACUCCUUGCGGGCCUCUUCAUCAUCCUGCGUCAGCCCGGCUACCAGAAGAAACUGGCCGCGAACGGUGGCAUGCCCAUCCCGGAAUGGCGACUCCCAGAAGUCAUCAUCGGCGGCGUUGCCUUCUCUAUCGGCCUGUUCUGGUUCGGCUGGACUGGCUACCGCGCCGACAUUCACUGGAUCGUGCCGACGCUCUCCGGGCUGCUGACCGGUUUCGGCCUGCUGUGCAUUUUCCUGCAAGCGCUCAACUAUCUGAUCGACGCAUACCUGAUGUUCGCCGCGUCCGCAAUUGCCGCGAAUACAUUUCUGCGCUCGCUGUUCGGCGGCGUCUUCCCGCUGUUUGCCAUGUACAUGUUUAACGGUAUGGGCAUCCAGUGGGCGAGUACACUGCUGGGAAUAGUGGCAGCGCUACUGGUGCCUGUGCCCGUGUGGUUUUAUCUCAAGGGCGGCCAGAUACGCACGAAAAGCAAGUACGCGCCGACACCGAAGCCAAUUGGCGCAUCGGACUAAGCAUGUUGAGAUACCCUGUUUUCUGUUUCCUGUUUACGUGCGAUGUUCGGGCACAUUUGUUUGAUAGCGUAGGCGUGGUAUAUAGAUGGAAGUUGUAAGAUGUAGACGGUAUAGCUCGCGAUGUGUCGAGUAAAAUUUUAAUGACACAAAUUUAAUCCAUGUAGCAUAGCAUGCAGUGCACGGCCCUGUUAUAGUGCCUGGCG